AUGGACGCGUUUUAUCACCGGCAGAGAGAGCAAAAGAUGAAGGAACUAAAGAAUCGUGUCGAGGCGCAGCAGAGCCUAGCAGCCUGGAGGCGAAGCGAGAGCUCCAACCGGAGCAGCAACAACGGCAGUAGCAACGUUCUCUCUCGUUUUUUGCGCAGCUCUUCCCUCUCAGAGCAACACGCUUUGCCGCCUCUGCUGCGGGCUGCAUCUUCCUGCGGGCGAAUCUUUGAGGCGGAGCAUGAGCUGAAACGGCAGCAGGAGCAGCUGCAGCAACAACAGGAGCAGCUGCAGCAACAGCAGAGUUUGCUGCAGCAGCUGCAGAUACGGGCAGGGGAAUGGCGUCGGGGGGCCCUUAUAGCUGCCCGUUCGCAGAUGCUUCAACGGGAGCAGCAACAGGAUGCCCUCUCCCGUCGCUGUUGCGCCCCCUUCCCCUUGUCUGCUGCACCCUUGCAGACGCCGUAUAGAUGGCAAAGCUCUCGCUUGGGGUUGGGUGCCUCAGGCAGGAGACGGCGGAGACAGAGCCUCCCCCCACGUCUUACGGUGUGGGGCAAUGCUGGCGCUGCCUCCGCAGUCUCUGUUGCUGAUGCAGAAGUUGCUCCAGCAGAGAAGGAUAGAGGGAGCAGCGGGGAAGGCGGCAGUUGGUGGCUUCGGGGCCCCGUGGCUCGCGAGCUGAAUGGCGUCGCUGCUGAAGCAGCAGCAAAGGCAGCAGCCCAGUCAGCAGCAGCGGCAGCAGCGGCCGCAGAGUUCAGUGCCUCAGUUGAGUUUUUUCAGUUUUUGCGGCGCACGGCAAGCGACGGGUGUCUCUUGACAAGGGGAAAGGGCCCCCGCUGGGCUGGGCAGAAACAAUUGUCGCGAGUUGGGGUUCAGGAGUUGCUGGAUAGGGCCCUCGAGGUGGGCGCAGCUGCGGCAGUUGCUGCACCCCCUGAGGAAGCAGCCUUAGUAGCGCGCUCUGUAGAGACACUCGUGGGGGCCCUGCAGGUGCGUGUAGCUCAGGGCCAGCAAAGGGCCAAACUUCACGUUCUAAUAGCAAGAAGUUGCCACCACCAUCACAGCAAAUCCACGCCAAUCAUAUCCCAUAUCCAUCAGCAGAUGGGGCCCCUACAGCAACAGGCCGAGAGGCCCCUCAUGCUGAGCAGCGAAUUCCCAGAGGGAGGCCAAACGUAG